AUGUUCAAUCGUGAUCAUCGCAGCAACGCGACCGGUCACACUGGCGGCGUUAUCAAUGCCCGCAACCAUGGGAAUACGCACUCGCUUUACUCGAGGCCGACGUUUGGACAGUGGUUCAAACUUACUUGGGCAGAUAUCUUGACUAUGGUCAUAAUGGGUGUGAUUGGUCUUGGUGUUUACGAAGCUCCACCAGCACCCUCCCGCUCGUUCCCUAUCUACUUCGCUGAUGGUGAGAUUGUGUACCCUCAGUUCGCGUACCCACUUCGCAACGAGAUCAUCCCCAUCUGGGCCGCUGCACUACUCGCUGCGUUGGUACCGAUUUCUGUGUUCUUGAUCGCGCAGAUCCGUGUCAGGAGUUUCUGGGAUGUGAACAAUGCUACUCUUGGUCUCUUAUACUCACUUAUCACUGCUGCCGUCUUCCAGGUGUUUCUGAAGUGCCUCAUCGGUGGUCUGAGACCGCACUUCCUGGCUGUCUGCAAGCCCAAUAUCACCCCUGCAAUGAUCGCCAUAGCGACCGAUCCAAACGCCGACCCGAGUGGCUCACCCUUGACCGGCAAUGGACUUGGUGGUAUCAUGUUCGAUAGAUCUAUCUGUACAGGAGACAACGACCAAAUCGAUGAUGCCCUCGAAUCCUUUCCCUCGGGCCACACCACAGCCGCCUUCGCUGGCUUCGUCUUCCUCUCCCUCUACCUUAAUGCUAAGCUCAAGCUCUUCAGCAACCACCAUACGCCAAUGUGGGCACUGAUUCUCGUCUUUGCACCCAUCCUCGGAGCAGUCCUCAUCGGCGGUGCCCUCACCAUUGAUGAGUACCACAAUUGGUAUGACGUAGUUGCUGGUGCUAUCAUUGGAACCAUGUUCGCAUUCGCAGCAUAUAGGAUGGUCUAUGCUGCGGUGUGGGACUUCCGUUUCAACCACGUCCCGCUUAUUCGUGGAACACCGUUUGCAUAUGAUCGGGCUGCGAGCGCGCUGGAAGGCUUUGGGACUGGUGUCUUUACGCGCAAGGCAGGUUGGGGCAAGGGAUCGAAUGUGAAUGCUGGACGCAGCCACCAUAAUGGAGUUGUUGAUAAUGGACAUCAGAAUGGGCUCGUUGACAAUGGAGAUCACAGCGGCGUUGGCCAUGGCGUUGCGAAUGACACGGUCAACUCUACUGGCCACCGUCGUAAUUCAGGUAUUGAACGUCGACCUGUUGGUGGCGGAUAUGCACGAGGCGAACAGAUGGUAUGA